AAGCUGAGCCAUCUGGGACGGAUAGAGGUACUCGAGUCACCUGAAUUGGAAUCACCUAAUAUAAAAAUGUGCUUUUAUCCUUUUCUUUUUGCUAUCUACCCAAAACAAUAUUGAGUCUCGUCUCCCGGGCUGGACUGAACCUUGGCCCAUUCUUCCAUCUCGCACAAACCCAUCCAUGAUGACGCUGCUUCACGACCUUCUAGACGGCUUGCGCUGCUUUUCCAGCACCGAAGGCGACUCAGAAAAGCCACCUGGAUACUCGAAUUGGGGAUUCACAAUCUAUCACACCGAGUACGACGGCCCAUCCUGGCAAAGUUGGGAAGCACUUCUAGCCAAGAUCCGGACUCAGGUUGUCGAGGAAGUAGAGAGAAGCCGAGAAGACGGUGAAACGCAGAGGCAGUCAUUCAGAUUCUAGCCUGCUCUCGGGCAAAUCAAUAGACGAGCUUCGUCAGCUGUUCCUGAAUCCAGCGAGCAAUAGCUUAGCAGCCGCACAGGGAGAAGCAGCCAACCAAUCUUUCAACGCGGAAACUUCACCUUUGUCUUUCACUCACUUGAAUUACUUUCUCCUUCCCGACGCCGAGGUGUUGGAAACCCCGGAGUCAUGGGUGAAAGUGCGUGCAGGCGGACUACGUGGCGGCCAAGUACGGCCCCAGGAACACGCGGCUCGGUGGACAGCGAUACUUUGGAUGGACGAAGAUGACGACGAACAGUCUUUUUGUGAUUUGUGGAGGAGACUUACUCUCGACGAAUUGCAGAGCAUUGCGCCGCCGACGAUCGGGGGCAUGCACCUUGUCACUUGGGACGGUGAGUGACAGCUGAUGAGAAUGAAUAUAUCGUUGCAACUUGUAAUGACUCUUAACGAAUGAAGUUACCA